AUGGCAUCGGUUAAUUCAAUUGAUGAUGAAGCAGAACUUCAAAAAAUGUUUAAUGCAGCAAAAGAUCCAGAUGAACGUAAAAUUAUUCGUACAAGAUUAUUAGCAGUAAAAAAAAUCAAUAGUGAAAAACGUGAAAAAGAACGAGUUGAACGUGAACAACGUCGAGACGAUGAUGUUAAACGACGUAGUCAAGCACAAAUCGAAGAAAAUAUGCAACGUAUGAAAGUAUUUGAAGAGACAGCACAAAGUUUUGGUACAAAACUUGAAACACAAGUUGAUAAAUUAAGAGAUCAAGCACUCAAAGAUAAACAAGCAUAUAUUGAAAAAGAACGAAAAGCUGAAAUAGCUCGAAUUGAAGCAGCAGCUAAACAACAUAUGUCAGCAAAUAUAGGUGACGAUCGUGGUGAUUCAAUGACAAAACAACGUCAACAAUGGGCUGUUGAAGAUAAAAAGACUGAAGAGAAAAACCUCAAAGAUUUAUCGAAAUUUACUGGUAAAACAGCUUCGAAAUAA